AUGGAUGCCAACAACCUUACCUCUGACAAAGUCGAGGUUGAACAGCUUCAAGAUGUGGUAAAGAAUAAUCUUGAGGCCUCGGGAGCAGAAACAGGAUCUGACCGUGCUCUCGGGUCAUUUGUUGAUGUUGACGAGAAGAGGGUUUUGCGCAAGAUGGAUAUUAGACUCAUCCCCAUGCUCGCAGCGCUCUAUCUCCUUUCAUUCCUUGAUCGGGGAAACAUUGGCAAUGCCAAGAUCGAGGGCCUUCAAGAAGAUCUCAACAUGACGCCGGGCCAGUACAAUUGGUGUCUUACAGUCUUCUUUUUCACUUACGCAGCCUUUGAGGUUCCCAGCAAUCUGCUCCUCAAAAAGCUACGCCCUAGCCGGUGGUUGCCACUGAUAAUGGUUUGCUGGGGAGUUGUAAUGACGCUCAUGGGCCUCGUUCAAAACUUUCGAGGCCUGCUUAUAGCUCGUUUAUUCUUAGGAGUAACAGAGGCCGGUUUGUUUCCAGGUGUCGCUUAUUAUCUUACCAUGUGGUACUGUCGCCAUGAGAUCCAGCUUCGCCAGGCUCUCUUCUUCUCUGCUGCUUCCAUUGCUGGCGCCUUCAGCGGCCUCCUCGCCUUUGGUAUCAGCAAAAUGGAAGGCGUUGGCGGUCUUGCCGGAUGGCGCUGGAUCUUUAUUCUUGAAGGAAUUGCAACUGUGCUUGUUGCCGCCUCGGCCUUUUUCUUACUACACGAUUUCCCCGAGACAGCCAAGUUCCUCACCGAGGAAGAGCGUGCCUUUGUCAUCCAUCGGCUCAAGUACCAAGGCCAAGUCCAGCUAUCGGCCGAUGGUACGACGCAUCAUGGCCAAGUCGCACAGGCUGAAGAGUUUCAGUGGAAGUACGUUCGCCAGGCAUUUACGGAUUGGCAAAUCUGGGUCAACAUUUUUGUCUACUGGAGUAUCGUCUGUCCCCUCUACGGAAUCUCUCUUUUCCUCCCCACUAUCAUUAAAUCCCUCCAUUAUACCUCGAGCACUGCCCAGUUAAUGACUGUGCCCAUCUAUGUCGUCGCCGCCAUUCUCGCUGUCAUCAGCGCCUACUACUCUGAUAAGGUCGGCAAGCGCAGCCCAUUCAUCAUUGGCUUUUUGUUUAUGAUGAUAAUCGGCUAUUCUAUGUGCAUUGGUUCAUCCAAUCCCAAAGUCGUUUACGGAGGCAUCUUUAUUGCUGCUUGUGCCAUUUACCCUUCAUUCCCCGGUGUUAUUGCGUGGCUGUCCAACAACUUAAGCGGAAGCUACAAGCGCAGCGCCGGCAUGGCAAUCCAAAUUGGAGUCGGAAACCUUGGAGGAGCUAUGGCAUCUAACUUCUACCGUCAGGUCGACAGCCCUCGAUAUAAAUUGGGGCAUGGCUUGGAGCUGGGUUUUAUCUCCAUGGGAAUCAUUGCCAGCGUCAUCUUAAUUGUUAGCUACCACACCAUCAACAAGAAGCGCGAAAAGAAGCUUGCCAAUGGAGAGGCGGCUCAUAUUUCACCAGAAGAGCUAUCGGAGAUGGGAGACAGGGCCGUCACAUUCCGUUACAUGUUUUAG